CAGCGUUUUUUACUGUAUACGGGCGUAGUACCUACCGGAGUACACGCACACCCAGACGCGUUUUAACCACCGCGAGUUUUUUUGUAGUUAAACCGGGUUUAACAUUAACCGAGUGAGUCAAGUGAGGCGUACUGUAGUAGCGUGUCGCCAUCUGUAUUCGACCCGAUAAACCGGACGCGACGACGCCCGCCGUAUCGACGCGUGCGUCCUCCUUGGCCCCCCACCACCAAACGACGCCCGAGAGCGUCGCGACGCCGUCAUGGACAGUGCGUCGUUAGCCGCCAUGGACAAAGACGCUUUGCGGAAGCAGAUCGACAACCUGAAGUAUCAGGCGUCGAUGGAACGUUGGACUUUGUCCAAAUCGAUUGCCGCGAUGCGGGAAUACGUGGAGGAAAACGAGAAAAACGACCCGCUGAUCCACGCCCCGGACAAGAAAAACAACCCGUGGGCGGAAAAGGGCAAAUGCUCCAUAAUGUAGGAGCACCCGCGAGACCUCUUUUACCCCCCCCCCCCCCCCCGUUUGCCCUUCACGAUCGUAUGUUAAGAACAAUGACGUCGGUAAACGGCCCUUACUCGAUACUCUUCUUAACCUUCCAAGUAUUUUAGAUAAUUUUACUCGCUUAUACAAUACUCGGAUUUAAAACGUACGUACUUAUGAAUUUUUAGGAGAAUUAUUAUAAUAUGACGUGUGGCAUGUUAACAAGAAAUUGACUAAAUUUGUGAGCUUCCCGGGGCUGGUUUCGACACUUUGCGAGAUAUUGACGUUCUUUCAAGUAUAUAUCGGAGAAACCCCGGCCUCUAGCGAAGCUUUUUCUGUAAAAUUCAUCGUCACCAUUUUAACUGUUAAGGUUUUAUAUAUUGUAUCGGAAAAUCAACCCCUAGCCGGCCAAUAAAACACACUCACGAUCAACGAAACGACCCCCGUUCAUUAUAGGGUGUGUCAACGUGUGGACCAACUCGCCUCUUCUACACGUUUCCAUCGCCCUCUCUCCCCCCUCUACUCGUACACGCUUCUAUUUUGUAACCAAAUAUUUAGUGUUUAAGUUAGCCACCCUGUAUAUUGUAUCCAUGCAGGUUGUAUGUAUCCAAUCAUAUAAUGUACUUGUAAGAUUUUGAGGCCAUAGCAGGGGGUUGAUUUUGCAGGAAUAAAUUAUUAAUAUUAUUAUAGGAUAGUGUGAUAAUUAA